CUCCAAUGAAUCGAGCGACUCGGCUCAACUUGCUCCGUCUCGUUGAUGUUGAAUAUGAGGGGCUCGUUCUUUUCUGCCGUCAUCUCGACCUCGAAUACUGCAUCUCUGCUACGCCGGCAGACUGUGCGGACGCUCGGACAGCAAGUAACGAGACAGCGGCAUCUUUCGAGUUGCAGUGCCAGAAACAACGCAGCAAUUAUGGGAAGCGCUGAGGGAUCCAAUGCCUGGGUGGGCGUCAAGGGCGCUGGUUCACUGGAUUUGCGAAGCGAUGUCAUGACAACCCCCACGCCGUCCAUGCUGGCUGCCAUCUCAAGGUGCACCCUUCGAGACGACGUCUUCAACGAGGACCCAACGACGCAGGACUUGGAGGCUCAUGUAGCCAGCCUGACCGGCAAGGAGGCUGGUCUGUUUGUUCUCUCGGGCACAAUGGGCAACCAGGUCUCUCUGAGGAGUCUCUUGGUUCAGCCUCCUCACGCCGUUCUGGCUGACCAUCGGUCUCACAUCAUUUGCUACGAGGCCGGAGGUGUGUCUUCCUUGACCGGCGCCACUGUCAAGCCUGUCGUCCCCAAGAAUGGCAUCUAUCUUACGCUCGAGGACGUCAAGGCCAACGUCGUCAUCAGCGACAACGUCCACGACUGUCCUACACGGGUCAUCAGUCUUGAAAACACCCUCAACGGCAUGAUCAUGCCCCUCAGCGAGGUCAAGCGCAUCUCUCAGUUUGCCCGCGAGAACAGCAUCAAGAUGCACUGCGACGGCGCGCGUCUGUGGGAGGCCGUCGUUGCCGGCGCAGGCACCCUGAAGGAGUUUUGCGCGCAGUUUGACACCAUCAGUUUGUGCUUCUCCAAGGGCCUGGGCGCUCCGGUGGGAAGCAUCAUCGUUGGGGACAACAAGACUCUGCAGCACGCGAGGUGGACGCGGAAGGCUCUUGGAGGAGGCAUGAGGCAGCCGGGCUUCAUCACCGCUUGCGCGAGGGUUGCGGUGGAUGAGACGUUUGGAACAAAGGAUGAUGGCAGCGAUGGCUUGCUGAAGCAGACUCACGAGAUGGCCAAGAAGGUCGAGGCGCUGUGGACGGGCAUGGGCGGCAAGCUGGUGCAUCCGGUUCACACGAACAUGGCUUGGCUGGAUAUCGAGGCGGCCAGCUGCAGCGCGGAGAAGUUUACUGAGUUGAGCGAGGCCGAGGGAUUGAAGGUUGGCGGAGGCCGACUUGUUACACACUACCAGAUUGCACAGAAUGGCGAGGAGGUGUUGGCCCGACUGGAGAGGGUGUUUAAGAAGGUGUUUGCAUAGACGACUCGAUAGAAUGAAAGGGGGUAGUAGAUUGUACAAUUAAGCAAAGUUGGUUCCAUCCUCGCAGCCCCCCGUGAGUAUUUGGUACUGCACAAGUCUCUCAGUUGUGGCAUUGCUGAACUCUUCGCAACGGAUUGAUGAUCAGCUCAUCAUGUCACCAACCUUGAUUAGCUUCGGCGAAUUGCGCGGCGCAUGUCACUGAUCGUCAAGUAGCCUCACAUUUCUGGUUCCAAGCAGUUGAUUCGCGUCAAAACGCCUCAUUUCACGGAAAGAAGCAUAUUCGGGCCACGUGAAAACUUCAGACGGCUUACCCCGAGACGGAGAUUCCGGCGAGUGACAGUUUAGGACUGAUUGAGUUUUUCGCUAAACAUGAGGGUUAUCAUUGAGUUAUCGAUGAGUUGCCCUCUUUAGCUGGGCGGGUUUUGUUAGUUGGCGCCUUUGACGUCAAAGCGAUGUUCUAACGAACGGAAGCCAUAAGAGAGCUGACGCGCCAUGUCA